AUGAACAUUACGGGCAAACCGGGAUCCCCGGGCCCUGGCCCCAGCCCCGCUUUCUCGAUGGCGCCCGGCAACUCUUCGACAUAUGGCAACGCUUUUGCAGGCGAGGGAACAGGCGCGUAUGGCGGCAAUAAACCACGUCCUGCGGCAGACCUGACAGAAGAGGAGGUCCUUCAGUAUAUUGUUGAUAAUGUAAACAAGGUGCUGUCUCGGCAAUAUUCACUUGUGGAAUUUGAUGCCAUUCAGGGUGUUCCCUUGCUUCAAAUCGUCAACGACGUCUUUGGCACUCUGGCGCAGUCACAACAAAUGGAUUUGGAAGAGGUGCCAAUUGGUGAGGCUGCACCGCGUAUGAUUGAGUUCCUGACGAAAACUCUUGGCUACCGAAUACCGGCGCUUCUGGCGGACAAUUUUGCGUCCGGUUUCGCUCAGGCCGAGCCGACCGUUGUGUAUCCGACACUUUACUGGGUGCUAUCCAACAUGCCGCAGAACGAGAAGCGUGUGUACCUUGCCCGUUUUCUUCAGCGGCUUGAUAUUCCAGAGGCGAUGCGAGCUCAGGAUGAAGAUGUACGGGCCCUUUAUCAGCAAUAUGAGAACCUUCGCUUGAUGUUCGUUCAAACGCAUCGGCGCGUCGAUGCGCUUCGGGCUGCUCACGCGGAUCCCGCGGAGGCGCGCCGAAAAGUCACCGCACUUGAGGAGGAACGGGACCGUCUUCAGGAUUACAUUCAGGUGGCGGAGAAAAAACUUGGCGGUGUGCCCGACAAGGAGUCACUUGUGAAUGCGAGUAAAGCCCUCCGCGCGGCAUUGGAGGAGGAGUCAAAGUUGGCGGAGAAGCGAGUGGAGCUGCAACAGUCGCUCAUCUCCGCACAGCAGCGCAGCACGGAGAUGCAAAACCGGCUACAAAAUCUUCGCCGUGAUGCCGCUGAUGGUCGCGUGGACGUUAUUGUACGCCGCAUGCGAGAUGAGAUUCAAACGAACAAAAUGAUUCUCGAGGAGCAUCUUCCAAAAGAACUUGAGCAAAAGCGUCGGGAGAAUGAAGAGCUGGAUAAGCUCAUCUCUGAGCCUCUGGACAUGCAGGCGCUGACGACAGAGAACCAGAAGCUCGAUGAGGCGUUAAAGAAGCUCCAGCAUCAAGUGAAGGAACGGCAGAAGCCUGGUGAAGAUGGAAGCACCAUCUCAACCAUCAAACAGCAAGUGGAACGGGUGGCAAAGCGCAAAGAAGAGGUAUUGGAGAUGCUCACAAGCCUGCAGGCUGACAACAGUCGCACUUUGAAUGAAAUUCGGGAUAGGGAAAAUCGCAUCAAUCAACUGCGUGAGGCGCAUCAAAUGUUGAAGGGUGAUGAAUUUCUUACCUUUUCAAAUCAAGUCCGAGCUAAAAAGGCCGCAAGUGAGGGGAUGAGGGCGAAAUUGUCAGAGUUACGUGUUGAGUGGGGAGUACUGACAUUUACCGAAAACGUCCUAAAGGCACAGUUUAACGAUCUUGACGCCGAGAUUGGCGAUCUUGAAAGGAAGCUCGGGCUGCAGGGUUACAGCCGCACGGUGGAAGCCCUUACCAAGCUGACGCGUGAAAAGGAUACAAUUGAAGAACUCAAGGGCAAAACACUUGAGGAACUUUCACGCGUUGUGCAAGAUUUCACAAUGGCAAUUCGUGAACGCCGAACAAAGCUUGCACCACUGAUUACUGAGCUUCGAGAGGUUCGGCAAACGGCGACUGAAGUUGAUCAGGAAUGGCUUUCGAAGAAGUCUAAUUACGAGUAUCAAGAGAGUUUGCUUAUGGAGGACAUAUCGAAGAUGGAGCGCGAUGUCCAAGCCCUUCGAGACGAAACAAACAUGAAUGAAUCUAUUUAUCAUCGUCUACAGGCACAAGGGGCCUUGAUUACCGCCCAAUGGAAUCGUAUUGAGGCUGAGCGUGAGUUUACGGGGAUUCUCAGGAGUGGUGCUGAGAUUCCAACGGAAGACGAGCGUGCGCAGGAGGCUACAGUCGUAUUGGGGGGCCUGAAGUGUACAUACUGCGGCAAAGCAAACCCAACGAGGGGAUGGCUGCUGUACCACCUCAACAAGGAUCAUGGUGUCACCGUUCUGGCAGAAAAGGGAUUUGAACGGGCAAUUGAAGACUUGCAGGUGCGACUUAGAGAGAUGCAGCAAAGACACCUUGAUAUUCAAGAGAAUUAUGAGGGGAGUGUUCAACAAGUAGAGUGGUUCAAUCAACUGAAGCGAAUCCUGGAGGCAAAACUACACUCCAUUCACACCGAGGAACCACAAGGUCACAAUGCUCUUGAGAAAGAUAUCCAGCAGGUGAUGGGCACUGCGGGCGCCGGAGUUAAUGGCGUGGACAUGCUGGUUUUGACUGGUAACUAG